UUGUUUCGUAUUCUUAGCAAUGAUCGGAAGUCGGAGCACAACAUUUCCUCAUAUGUCAAAGAUGCCAUCAACCUUUCUUCAGCCAAGGCAAUGCGUCUCAUAUAACCAUGGCUACUCUCUCCCUUAGGCUGGUCCCUUCGUCGUAAGAAUACUCAACAACAUGCCUAUCGCCACCGAAACUUAUCCCAUCCCGCCAUUUGAUCGCCCUGUUCCUACCACCGAGGAUCUAGACUGGGCCGAUCUCACAGAGCUUCCUCUUGACCUCUUCUAUGACCCCAAAGGCCGGGCUCAGCUCGUUGAGAGCGUCAAGCAUGCUCUCGAAGUCGACGACCUUGGCUUCUGGUCUGUGACUAAUGCGGGCUUUUCGGAUGAGGAAAUUGACCAUCAGUUCGCUAUUGCUCAAGCCUUUUUCAAUCUCCCCAUUGAGGAAAGAAAGUCAAACGCCAUUGAUGCAAAAAACGGUGGCUACCUUGGUUACCGAGCGCCCUAUGAGAGAACAAUUGCCGACACCGACGUUCUUGACAACAUGGAGUUGGUUAAUAUUCCCAAGUAUACCGAUGACUACAAGGAUUAUCCCCGCCACGACAUCUUCAAAUCCCAUGAGACAGUGAUCGCGGACUUCCAUCGCAAGUGUUGGCAACAGAUUGCCAAACCUCUUUUUGUACUUUUUGCCCUUGCUAUGGAGCUUCCUGAAAACUACUUUGUGGAGAGACAUGAGUAUAACAAACCUUCUCAAGACCAUCUUCGCUAUAUGCAAUACCAUCCCCGCACUCCAGAGGAUGAUGCCAAAUGUAACAACCUUUGGUCCUGGGCUCAUACCGAUUAUGGAUCCUUAACCCUCCUCUUCUCCCAAACUGUGUCAGGGCUGCAAGUCAAGUUUUCGGAUGGUACUUAUCAUGACAUCAAGUACAAAAAAGGAUCAGUUAUUGUCAACAUUGCCGACACCUUGAGCUUUAUGACCAAAGGUUAUCUCAGAUCCACCAUUCAUCGGGUUACCGUUCCUCCUGGUAUCCAGUCGUCUAUCCACCGCAUUGGUGUGCUCUACGGCUGCCGUCCAAACGAUAAUGUCCCAGUCAUUACCGCUCCUUCCCCACUUCUCGAGCGUCUCGGUCUAAUCUCCGAUGCUGACAGGAACGCUAAGGAAGAGGACGCUGUCACAGCUGGAGAAUAUGUCGCUGCGCGUGUAAAGGCGGUGCACGGAAGCAACACCUAUGGCACUGCCCCUGGUACCAAGUUUACGCACAAGAACCUCGAAGUUCUGGAAAACUUUGCCGAUACCUCGUCCGGCAAAAAGGGAGCUAUUUGAUAAGUGUACUUUUGGCGUUACUGUACUGUGGGUCUGUUUAGUAGCCGUUAGUAGUAAUUGUAACUAUAUCUUCAUUGACGUUCAUGCAUGCCUCUUCUUGUC